AUGCCCGAUGUUUUUUCGGUUCCCAUUUUCCUCGUCACGUUCCGCGAGGCGCUCGAGACGGUCAUUAUCGUCUCGGUGCUGCUCGCCUUUCUCAAACAGACCCUCGCCGAGGACAAGGCGCUGCAUAAGCGCCUCGUCCGCCAGGUCUGGCUCGGCACCUCCCUCGGCCUGCUAAUCACCCUCAUCGCCGCCGCCGCCCUCAUCGCCGUCUUCUACACAGCCGGCGCCAACUCCUGGGAGACCUCGGAGCUCCGCUUCGAAGGCGCCUUCUCUCUCGUCGCCUGUGUCAUCAUCACCGUUGUCGGCGCUGCGCUAUUGCGUAUCGGGGGUAUGCGUGAUAAGUGGCGGGUGAAAUUGGCCGGGGUUAUGGAGGAUCGGAGGGGGAAAGUUGGGGAGAAGGUGGGGAGGAGGGUGAGGGUGAAGUUGUGGAUGGAGAGGUAUGCUAUGUUUGCGCUGCCGUUUGUGACGGUGCUCAGGGAGGGGAUUGAGGCGGUGGUGUUUAUUGCGGGGGUGACGUUUACUGCGCCGGCGACGGCUGUGCCAUUGGCGGUGGUGGUUGGGUUGGCUGCGGGUACGUUGAUCGGUUAUGGGCUGUACAAGGGCGGUUCGAACACCAAGCUGCAGGUCUUCCUCGUGCUGUCCACCUGCCUGCUCUACCUCGUCGCGGCCGGCCUCUUCACCCGCGCGGUGUGGGCCUUUGAGCAGGACGCCUGGCAGCGGUUAAUCGGAUCGGACGCGGCCGAGCUAGGCACGGGGCCAGGCUCGUACGACGUUGACCGCUCGGUGUGGCAUCUCAACUGCUGCAGCCCCAUCUACAUGGGCGGUAGCGGCUGGGGUUUCUUCAAUGCCAUUUUCGGCUGGACAAACUCUGCUACGUACGGCUCUGUCAUCUCAUACAACCUGUAUUGGCUGUGUAUUAUGGCGUACUUUAUCGUCAUGCGCUACAAGGAGGUCAAGGGCCACUGGCCGCUGAUGAAGCCCAAGAAGGUCGCCGCGGCGUCGGUUUCGGGAGGGUCCCGCUCGGGAGCCGAGGAAAGUGUUGUGUCGGGGGAUAAAUCGGUGGUGAGGGAUAGGGCUACUUCGGUGUCUACGUAA